AUGUCUUCCCCUACUACUGAUGCUGAAUCUGAAAAAGCUGCUGAUCAACUGAAGCAGUUGACUCAACGUCUCAAAGAAGCUACAACUGAUCAGGAUAGAAUGGAAUUGUUGAAUAUGAUAAAGCAGAGUCCAGAACACUUUCCUGAACUGCUGAAGAUAACGAAAGCAAUGAAUUUUUGUCCGCCCAUGCAAAUGAUGAGGCUGGAACAACAAAAGAAGCAACAAGCAGCUUCCAUGGAGUCUCAGUCAAACGCUAUUGAAAAAGGAAAUUCUUCCAACGCAACUGAUUGA